AUGGGAUUCUCCAAUAGGACCAGAGUGAAAUCUACAGUCGAUUCCAUCCACCGGUCCUCACGUACUGCAUCCCUGGAGCGUCAGGAACUUGUUCGCUGCAUCGAAGAACGUGCUCGGUCCUUCCCCGCCUACGACUCCCCUGGACUCAUUAAACCGUUAGUGCAGCGAUACGGAGUAUCGAACCAAUACAGAGAUCACUAUUGUUGGUUUUCUGACGGACCAUAUCCGGACGGCAAUAUCGAAUCUACUUUCUUCGUCUACAUCCAAACAAACUGCACUGGAGGCGGAACGAACUUUCCUCGAUUGAAGGCGCCGGAGGAAGAAAGUGGUGCGAUUCAUUGA